UACCUAUAUAGAGAGAUGUCUAAGGUUGCAUUCAUGAAAAAUAGUGACCUCAAAGGAUGUCUCAGCUUACUGCAAGUAUGGGCAUGGGAGAGGCUGCAUUUGAAGCCGAGACUAUGCGUGAAUUUACAAUUAGACGGACAAAUUCCACUAGGAUGCAGAUGGAAUGUCCAAAAAUGUUUUGACGAGACCCCGGCGAGACAGUUAGAUUUCUACCGAAAUGAGCUUGACCGCAUGAAGAUUUUUCAGAUGGAAUGGGAGCCCUACACCCCAUUUCUCGAUCAUCUACCCCCGAUAUGCACAGAAUACCCAGUUAUAUGGAGAGCCAGAGUUCCUCUAAUAUGUUUCGAGAUAGUAGAAAUGCAUGUACCGGACCGCGUGCUUCGACAAUUUGGUCUUGCACAACAUGUUCCGCAAUUUGUUGAAAAAAUAGAGAGGAAGGCGAAGAAAGGAGGCCAACAAAAGGACUGGGCAGCUGAGCAUCAAAAUUAUAUACACAGAUGGAAUGAUAGACAUUUUUGUAUUGUUGAGCAAAUCGAGCCAACUCCCCAGGAAUCAGAUUACUACACUUGGUAUUGGAGGAUAACUAGAAGAUGGAUACUCCAUGCGACCACAUCCCCGGUUGAGUUGCAAAGAGGAUAUGUGCCUCGGGGUAUAGAUGAGAGAGAAUUAGUAUCAGCAAUAGAUGAUGUUCAAACCAUUGCAAAUAGUGGCUUGGAAUUGGCUCGAGCAGGUACAUAUCCCGAAGCACAGAAACAUGCAUCAAUAUAUCAGUCGAUAAUGCAGAGGCUUCACCAAGCCUUACAUCGAACUCAUGAAGACCUUCAUGAUGGACGAGAAGUACCUCAAUUAGUAUACACACGUCAACAACGACACAGACGAGGACGACGCAGAAACGACAAUGAAGCUGGGCCUUCCCAACGUGUUGACGAUGGAGCUGGACCGUCACAACCACAAACGCAACCGGAUCAUGAACUCAUCGAAGGUCGGGAUAGAGGAGGCCGAAGACAAAGGAGGAGGAGAAGAGUUCUUGGAUGUAUGUAAGCUAAUUGGUAUUGUUAUAUAAAUUACAAUCCUAUUUUGAUAUGUACAUUACAAACGUAUUUCGGGACAAUAGAUGGUUUUUGGAUUUGUAGCUGAGAUUGUGGUGUGACUUAUUAGAUUUGUAAGUGGGUUUGUGGCGUGAUUUGUUGGAUU